AUGAAGACCAACUUGCUCGCCCUCCUCUCCACUCUCCUCGUCGCCCGCUCUGCCCUUUCGGCCUCUGUCAUCCCCGAGACUCACAAGAUCGAAGAACGAGCGGCCACGACGCUCAACGCCGCCAUGCGUGCCAACGGCCGCAAAUACCUGGGCGCUGCUACGGAUGAAAACACAUUCUCCAUCUCCCAAGUCAACUCGAUCCUCAAGACCGAAAUGGGACAAGUGACGCCGGAAAACUCGCUCAAGUGGGAUGCCACUCAACCCUCGCGCGGUCGAUUCACGUUCUCCGGCGCAGACGCUCUCGUCCACUACGCUACCUCCAACGGCAAGCUCAUCCGUGGUCACACUCUCGUCUGGCACUCUCAACUACCUCAAUGGGUUCAAGACAUUACUGACCCCGCCGAUUUGGCCAAUGUUAUCAAGAACCGUAUUGCCACCCUGGUGGGUCGUUACAGAGGCAAGAUUUACGCCUGGGAUGUGGUAAACGAGAUCUUCAACGAAGAUGGCACUAUGCGUCAAUCUUUAUUCUACAAAGUCUUGGGAGAGAAGUAUGUCAGGAUUGCUUUCGAAGCCGCCCGAGCUGCAGAUCCAAACGCAAAGCUCUACAUUAAUGACUACAACCUUGAUAGCCCCAACUACGCAAAGCUCAAUGGGUUGGUCAGCAAAGUCAGGCAGUGGAGAAGCGAGGGUAUUCCCAUCGACGGUAUCGGGUCUCAACCGCAUCUGUCUGCUCCAGGAGGGUUUGGAGAUACAAGGCAAGUGGGGAGUGCCAUGCAAAAGUUGUGUGCUGCUGCUCCAGAAUGUGCAAUGACUGAGCUGGAUAUUGCCGGUGCCGGUUAUAGUGACUACCAGAAGGCAACACAGGCUUGUUUGAACCAAAGCAACUGUGUCGGUAUUACCAUCUGGGGGGUUAGUGACAAUUUGAGUUGGAGAAGCAGUACCAAUCCCUUGUUGUGGAACGCAAGUUAUCAGAAGAAGCCGGCUUACACUGCUGUACUUAACACUCUUAACCAUGUUCAAGCUCGGUGA